UCGAGAUAUCUAACAUACCCCUUCCACAACCCACUAAUAAUAAUUUCAUAAUUUUAUUCCUUUUUGUGUCAAUCCAAUAUAUACUCAUAAUAAUAAUAAUAAUAAAUUGAUCCAUUUUUCACUUUUGUCCAAAUUCAUUUCACAAUAACAAAUCAUUGUUUCAAACUAAAGAAAAAUAAGUAACAAUAGUAAUUGUUGCCGGGAAAAAUGGAAGAAUGUUAUUUUGCGGGAAAAUUAAAGAGAAAACAACAAAUUAAUGAUGAUGAUUUCUCCCUUUCUUCUCCUGCCACCAAAAUCCGCCGUCUGGAUGCCGAGUUGCCUCCAAUAAUAGAGGAAGAAGAGAUGGUGAAUCCGAUGGUAUUUGAACAGCCAGAGCUGUAUCAAGAUACUUUUGUUGAACAAGCAGUGAGAGGUAGUCCCAUAGCAAUUGACGAGCUGAGUGGUAGUUUUCCUGUGAAUGAAGAGAGAGCUAUUGUUCUGUAUGAUCCCACGAAUAACAUGCCUGCAUUGCAAACUCGUUCACCCUUCUCUGUUACGGUUAAUUCAGACUUCCUUUCUAGGAUUAAAAAUUCAAACAUAUGGUCGAAGCCAGACCUACUUAAAUUAUUAAGUGGCAAAACAGAAAAGCUGCAUGUUAACUCUGAGCAAUAUAAUGGAAGUCUGGCUGUUGUACCAUGGGCGCCAACAUCUUCACAAAACCGGGCAACUCUAGAAGUGGAGAUCCCUCAAACAGAAGUAUCUGAGAUGAUGGAUGCAGAUGACAUGGAAGCCACUACCAUGGAUACCGAGGAUAAUAACUCCCAACAAAUGCCAAUGAACGAGACUGGUUCUGCGAGUGGUAGUGAGGGCGUGCAUGAGUGGCAACAACAUUGCAUGAUUCCACAGCCUCCACAUAACUUGCCAGUGCCAAUUGCUUGGUCGGGUACAUUUUAUUCAUAAAGGGAUGGAAAAAAGAAUUUUGGUUAGAGCAUGUCGAGGUGUUGAGAUAUAUCAAUGGUCAAGGUAGUGGGUUUUAGAUUGCAGUCCCAUAUAUAGAGUUCAUAUGCUAGUACUAUUGUGGAUGGAAUCUAAGAUUGGAAGAUCUUGUAUUUCUGCUUCAAGGAUAUACUACAAAAAAAACGAGUUUUUCCUGUGUUAUACAUCAAAAUUUGAAGCUUUGUUAUAGAUGCAAAUUUGAGCUUUGGAUCUCAUUUUAGUUCAUCCUUUGUAUGACGAUAACUCUAGCGUCGUGGUUAAUAUUAGCUGAAUUAUGUUCAAAUAGAUAAUCUGGUUAACUUUAGUACCAAGUUUUGGUUGAGCCUAAGCGGUAAGAUGGAGGUGGCAAGAUGGUUUCAUCGAGCAAGUUGGUUAAUGGGUAUAAACAAGCAGGGUUAAAAUAGGCAAUGGGUCACUUGGUACACUGUUAAAAGGAGUUCCGGCAAAUACAGCCGUGAUCAACUGCAGUUGAGGUUAGAUCGUGUUAACCUUUGACACUUUUGGUGCAUUUUACGUGUUUUACCUUCCAUAACACAACUAUUAUGAUAUCUUCUUUUCCUCUAAAAAUCAAUCAUGUGGUACAAUAUUAUGCGUUAA